GCGGCGAGGCGCCCGGGGCGCGGGGGCAGCGGCGGGCGGGGGUCCUCCCUGGCGGCCGCCGCUGAGCCCCCGCGGGGCCCGUGACGCCGCGGCCGAUGUGGCCCCGCGCGCGCUGCGGGCCUGCACCGCCGCCUCACAAAGACGCCGCCGGAGCCACCGCCCGCACCCGGCCGGCAGCCGCCGCGGGAGCCCGAGCCGGAGCCCGAGCCGGAGCCGGAGCCGCUGCCGCAGCCUGGGGGACAGGAGGCGGCGCCCGCGGGCGGCCGGCCCCGGCAUGGAGAAGCGGGCGGCCGCGGGGUCGGAGGGGGCGCCGGGCGCCCGGGCGCAGCUCGCCGUCGUCUGCCUGGUAAACAUCGUUCUCACCGGGCGGCUCAGCAGUGCAGUUCCUGCUUUAGCCGCCUGCAGCGGGAGGCUGGAGCAGCACAUGGAGCGGCGCGGCGUCAUCUACAGCCCGGCCUGGCCCCUCAACUACCCGCCGGGCACCAACUGCAGCUGGUACAUCCAGGGUGACCGCGGGGACAUGAUCACCAUCAGCUUCCGCAACUUUGACGUGGAGGAGUCCCACCAGUGCUCCCUGGACUGGCUCAUGCUGGGCCCAGCGGCCCCGCCCCGCCAGGAGGCCUUCCGGCUCUGCGGCUCCGCCAUCCCACCUGCCUUCAUCUCGGCCCGGGACCACGUCUGGAUCUUCUUCCACUCCGACGCCUCCAGCUCCGGCCAGGCCCAGGGCUUCCGUCUGUCGUACAUCCGAGGUGGUGCUGGCAGCAGGGUGGGGCAGGGCACCAGGGGCGCACGGGCUCCCGGGGCCCCGGCAGCACCCUCUCCUGGCCCACAACCUGCUGGGUCUCCCCCAGCAGCCCCGUCCGUCGGGGGGACUGGGCCUCAGGGUGCCUUGAAGCCCCUCGAGCUCACUGAGCCCACUUCACACCCUUGGCUCAAGUCAGGGAUGAGCCCACCCGGACAUUUGAGGCGUCUCCACCCCUCGGGUUGGGAGGCUGGGCUGGGACAGGGGAGCCACCCUGCCUGCUGCUGGCCCCGGUCACCUGCCGGAGGGAGGCUCUGGGCUCCCCUGACCGUGUGUCCCCCCCCGCCCCCCGCUCUCCACCCCACAGGGAAGCUGGGCCAGGUGUCCUGCCAGGCCGACGAGUUCCGCUGUGACAAUGGCAAGUGCCUGCCGGGCCCAUGGCAGUGCAACACGGUGGACGAGUGCGGCGACGGCUCGGACGAGGGCAACUGCUCGGCGCCCGCCUCCGAGCCUCCGGGCAGCCUGUGCCCCGGGGGCACCUUCCCCUGCAGCGGGGCGCGCUCCACGCGCUGCCUGCCGGCCGAGCGGCGCUGCGACGGCACGCAGGACUGCGGGGACGGCUCGGACGAGGCCGGCUGCCCCGACCUGGCGUGCGGCCGGCGGCUGGGCAGCUUCUACGGCUCCUUCGCCUCCCCGGACCUGUUCGGCGCGGCGCGCGGGCCCUCGGACCUGCACUGCACGUGGCUGGUGGACACGCAGGACCCGCGGCGCGUGCUGCUGCAGCUGGAGCUGCGGCUGGGCUACGACGACUACGUGCAGGUGUACGAGGGCCUGGGCGAGCGCGGCGACCGCCUGCUGCAGACGCUGUCCUACCGCAGCAACCACCGGCCCGUGAGCCUCGAGGCCGCCCAGGGCCGCCUCACCGUGGCCUACCACGCCCGCGCCCGCAGCGCCGGCCACGGCUUCAACGCCACCUACCAGGUCAAGGGCUACUGCCUCCCGUGGGAACAGCCGUGCGGGAGCGGCGGCGAGGGCGCCGCGGGCGCCGCGGGCGAGCAGGGCUGCUUCUCCGAGCCCCAGCGCUGCGACGGCUGGUGGCACUGCGCCAGUGGCCGCGACGAGCAGGGCUGCCCCGCCUGCCCGCCGGACCAGUACCCCUGCGAGGGCGGCAGCGGCCUGUGCUACACGCCCGCCGACCGCUGCAACAACCAGAAGAGCUGCCCGGACGGCGCUGACGAGAAGAACUGCUUCUCCUGCCAGCCCGGCACCUUCCACUGCGGCACCAACCUGUGCAUUUUCGAGACGUGGCGCUGUGACGGCCAGGAGGACUGCCAGGACGGCAGUGACGAGCACGGCUGCCUGGCGGCCGUGCCCCGCAAGGUCAUCACGGCGGCACUCAUCGGCAGCCUGGUGUGCGGCCUGCUGCUCGUCAUCGCGCUGGGCUGCGCCUUCAAGCUCUACUCGCUGCGCACGCAGGAGUACAGGGCCUUCGAGACCCAGAUGACACGCCUGGAGGCUGAGUUUGUGCGGCGGGAGGCACCCCCAUCCUACGGGCAGCUCAUCGCCCAGGGCCUCAUUCCGCCCGUGGAGGACUUCCCCGUCUACAGUGCAUCCCAGGCCUCGGUGCUACAGAACCUUCGCACAGCCAUGCGCCGACAGAUGCGCCGGCACGCCUCCCGCCGAGGGCCUUCCCGCCGCCGCCUCGGCCGCCUCUGGAACCGGCUCUUUCACCGGCCGCGGGCGCCGCGGGGACAGAUCCCACUGCUGACGGCCGCACGCACCUCACAGACGGUGCUAGGUGACGGGCUCCUCCAGCCUGCAUCAGGGACUACCCCGGAGCCCCCCGCACCCCUCACGGACACAGGCAGCCCCGCGGCAGCUGGGGAUGGGCCCCCCCCAGGCCAUGCGCCAGAAGUGGGACCCUCUGUGCUGCCCCCCUCUGGCCUGCGGGACCUGGAGGGCAGGCUGGUGGACAAGGACAGAAAAGCCGGCAGGGACCCUCGGGUGGACAGCCCGGCCCCUGUGGACAUGCCUCGGGAGCCCUGCUCGGCCCAGGACCCUCACCCCCCGGCUCCCACUGCCAGCAGCACCCUAGGCCCCCAUCCAGGAGAGCCACUGGGUGUCUGCAGGAGUCCCCCACCGCCCUGCUCCCCAACGUUGGAGGCCAGUGACGAUGAGGCCCUGCUGGUCUGCUGACCCGCCGGACAUGCUGGUGACCGCCACAGCCCCGCUUUGUAACCAGGGAAUACACAGUCAUUUCUA